CUUGUGCUUCAUGAAUGGUUUUAUGCUACAUUCAGUUCCAUCUUUUGAAAAAUAUCAAUGAGGAAAGAUGAUAUUAAUGUUUAUGAGCCAUGUUGGACAGUGCUCCUUUCUACCCAUCAAUCGACAUAUUGCUUGUGUAGUUUUUUUUUUUUUUUUUUUAAACUUGACAACUAGUAUCUGUGAAUAUUUAAAAUCAAGAAAAAGAGACAGGUCACAACCCAAGCUAAAUUUCACCGUGUUUGGUAAAUACCAUGAAUAAAUAAUUGGUCGUUUAUAAUGUUGGAAUUCAUGGCUUUAGUCAUCCCUGGAGUGCAUAGAUUCCCAUGACUGACGGCUUCGCAAUGAGCUAGUCAGUGAACUUGUUUCUAGUAUCUUUAUGUUAUACGAAGACAGGACAGUUUCUACAAUUGUACAAUAGGUGCGUGCCACCAGUAUUCAAAUCUGAAUUAAACGUUUAAUAGAAGUGUAGGUGUCCACCUGUAAUUAAGAGUUUAGAUGCAUUAUAAGUACUAGGCAGAAAUUAUAGCUGUUAAUGUGAAAUGACUCAUUUAUUAGGUUCUUUAGUUUAAGUAAUUUGGCAAUUGACAUGAUUUUAAAAACAGCGUAACUUCCACUUUGAAUUAGAUUUAAAAUCGGUAGUAGUUAAAUUCCAAUGAUCCCUAGACCUACCAAACCUUUUUUUUUUUUCAUUUUCUGCUAGUUUUUGAGUCUUAAUGUCACUUUUGUCUUCCAUGUGUGCAAAACCUGCAGUUUUUUGUGUUUGUUUUGUUUGUUUGUUUGUUUGUUUGUUUGUUUGUUUGUUUAAAAUGAGUUGGCUGUUGACAGAAAUUACACUAUUUUAAUAGUAUGUUUGUGGUCAGUCAUCUGCACUGUCUGAUCAAUAUUUGUGAAAUCAUUUUUAAUUUGAUGAGCCAAAUCCGUACUUUUUGCUUGUUUUGUUUUUGUGGGGUUUGAAAUAAAUAUCACUACCCUGAUUCUUCUUGUCCUUCAUCCAAUCAGCAUCGAGGAAUAUCCUUCAAAGGGCGUGUCUUUUCUCUUUUAAUGUAUGAACGACCUCUGAGGGAAAAGUUUGAAGCGCAGCCGCGGGUCUAAUCAAGUCAUGUCUAACUUUACCCUGUCCGGUGAUCAAAUGUAGUAUGCACUUGUAUAUACAAAUGUGAGCAUUCUGAUUACUGUGCUAAAGGACUUAAGUAAAAGGUUAGUGGGAAUUUUUGUCUUUAUUUUUCUUCAUUGCAAGCACCCUUGCAAGUAGCUGGGGAACCAGUGAGACGUGACCGGGGGGAACGUAAACCAAAAACGCCGCAAAACGGGGAAGCUGCUUUUUGGAAAUAGUCCUCUUUUGCAAUAAGUGUUACCGGCUGUUGGUGUAUCACAACUUCUCACUUGAAAAGGAAAUGGUUGGACGGUUGAACUUUCCAGAUGUUUGCGAAGAGGACCCGCUGGGCAUGAGCUGCCGGGUGGACAGGGGGCUAGACAGCCCGGACUCCGGGUUACCCCCGAGCCCCAGCGUUUGGCUAAUGCAUCAGGACAAACCAGCGCGUGGCGUCAGUCCGAUACCGACGGACGAAGGAUCGCGGGUUUCAGCUUUGCCCUCUGGGCCCUUCCAGCCUUGGUCCUAUGGGGAAGGUAUAGCAAUUGAGCCUUUACCUCCUAAAGAAGUAAGGUACACCUCCUCAAUGCACUAUGACUCGGAUCGCCACUUCAUUCAGAAUGUGGACCUGCAGCCGUGGGGUCAGGGGCUGGAACACUGCACGCAAACCAUCACUGUCCUGUCCCACAGCACCUGGCGUCAUUAUAAGACACAACUGGAUUUCCAGCCCCGCCAUAGGCCGCAAAGCUUUACUAGCACCACCAUCAUCUACCCCAAGAAAAUGAGCGCCAAGUAUGUCACAGAGCUGAGCUACGAUCGCCACCGACAAGCCAGACGUUUCCUCUCCAGUGUGGAGUUGCUGGCAGCAGGAAGCUACCUCAGUAAGACAGAAAAGGUCAUUUCGAGAAGUCCUGUUUUGUAACGUACCCCUUGGCUGGCUGUCGCUGACCCUGCUGUACAUUUGAGUUGCUCGUUAACAUUUUCUUAAUUCAUGGCACUGGUCCAGAAUCACAUGUGCUGUGUUACAUAAAGCAGAAAUGUAGACAUAGUCUGAAGUGGAGCUUAUACCCAUUCAUUCUAUGUCUUCAUUAUUCUGCCAGUGGGUGAAUCGUUCAUUAGAAAUGACCUUUAUAUUAAUAUUGUUUUUACAGGUCUUGACCUACCAAGGAUAAUGACUUGCCCUCCAUUGAAGCCUCCCAUCAAGUUGGCCACUGCCUGAUGUUUAACAUUAUUUUUAAUGAGAGCAAAGACGAUGACAACUGUACUAGUUAAGGAAAGGGAUAGAAAUUCACUGUCGUGCAGGGUUUUGGUGCAUGCUAAGAAAUCACUUAAGAGAACCACACUGUACAAAGGAUAAUUAGCUAUGAGGGUUUUUUUUGUUUUGUUUGUUUGUUUUCUUGCCUUUCUGCACUAAAUUAGCACAAAAUAAGCUCUUAUCUUUUAUUUUCGACAUUGACAAAUGCAUAAUACUCAUGUCUUUGGAUUAGAGUAACCAUUCAGUACGAGUAAGCUUUUGUAUACAUGAAUUGUGCAUGUGACAUGGAUGGAAUAUGAGUCUUAAUUGAAGUGACAAAUACAGUAUUGUUUAUCUCUCACUGGCCUACAAGGGAAAUGUAACACUGCAUUCCACAAGAGAAAUUUGUAUUUAUUCUUUUUAAGCUUAGAGGUUUUAUCAUCUGAUAAAUUUAUUUUGUCAAUAGAUAUACAGUAUUUGCGGGGUGCCUCACUGUUUCAUUCUUAUGUUUGCUAUUGCUUUGGUGCCAAUUUUGAAAUAAAAUAAUUCAUGCUCACCUA